UCUCCUCCUCCUUCCCCUCAUCCCAUGGACGGGGUCCGCGCGAGGGGAUCGCCAUUCGCGCGGUCCGCGCCGUGAGGAGAGGAGGCAGAGGCCAUGAUGCGGGCAGUGGCGCGGGGGCUGGCGCGGGCGGGAGGGGGGGGUCGGCAGGUGCGUGCCCUGCAUGGUCUGGCCAGUGCAAGCAGCCCGGCCGAGCCGCCCACCCUGCCACCCUGCAGCUUCGAGCCUCAGCCCUACGAGUCUAUGAGCUAUGAGCGGAUGUGCGCCGUGCGGAGCGCCCACCUCAACCCAGCGCUGGUGUCGUACUUCUCGCGGCCGCUGCUGCUGCACCAGGGGCACAUGCAGUGGCUCUGGGACGAGCACGGGCGCCGCUACCUCGACUUCUUUGCUGGCAUCGUCACAGUCAGCGUGGGGCACUGCCACCCGACAGUGACGCGCGCCGCAAAGGCCCAACUGUCCCGGCUGUGGCACUCCACCAACAUCUACCUGCACCCGCCCGUACACGAGUACGCGGAGAAGCUCGCCGCCCUGCUGCCGGAGCCACUCAAGGUUAUAUACUUCACCAACAGUGGCUCAGAAGCCAACGACCUGGCCAUGUUCAUGGCGCGCGCCUACACCGGCAACUUCGACAUCCUUUCAUUCCGCGGGGGCUAUCACGGUGCCAGUCCUUACACCAUGGGCCUCACCAACGUUGGCUCCUACAAGUACAGCGUCCCCAACGGCUUUGGCUGCCACGCCGUGAUGUGCCCGGACGUGUACCGGGGGCUGUGGGGUGGCGCUCACUGCCGCGACUCCCCCGUGCAGACGACGCGGCCUUGCGCCUGCGCUCAGGGCUCGUGCCAAGCCCAGGAUAAUUACCUGGAGCAGCUGGCGGAGGUGUUUGCCACGUCUGUGCCCAAGAAGGUGGCGGGUUUCUUCGCCGAAUCAAUCCAGGGCGUGGGUGGUUCCGUUCAGUACCCGCGUGGAUACCUGGCCGAGGCGUACCGAAUGGUGCGUGCACGGGGCGGCCUGUGCAUCGCCGACGAGGUCCAGACGGGCUUUGGGCGUCUCGGGAGCCACAUGUGGGGCUUUGAGUCUCAUGGUGUGGUGCCCGACAUCGUCACCAUGGCCAAGGGAAUCGGCAACGGCUUCCCUCUCGCCGCCGUCGUCACCAGCGCCGAGGUGGCGAGCGUCAUGAGCCAAGCGCUUCACUUCAACACAUUCGGCGGGAGUCCCCUCGCCUGUGCCGUGGGCUCCGCCGUGCUCGAUGUCAUCGAGGAGGACGGGACUCAGGCUGUGUGCUUUGAGGCCGGGGGGCGGCUCCUGGCUGGGCUGGCUCAAUUCCGUGACGAGUUCGAGGUGGUUGGGGACGUGCGCGGCAAGGGGCUCAUGAUUGGUGUUGAACUUGUCACCGACAAGGCCAGCAGGACGCCGCUUCCGGCGGCGCAGAUUAACGAGAUCUGGGAGGACUGCAGGGAAAUGUCGCUCCUCAUCGGAAAGGGCGGCGUCUACGGACAGGUGUUCCGCAUCAAGCCACCCAUGUGCAUCACCACCGCCGACGUGGAUUUUGCGCUCGCCGUGAUGCACAGGGCCCUGAGCAACCACCGCGAGCGCCACGCCGCCUAGACCUGGUCAUGCCACCGCACAGCCGCCCCAACCGCACGGCCACUCGACACAACUACACCAGCCUACUAUGCAACACCGCCACCACUUUGCCACACCAUGUAGUCAAACCACCUAACUGCACUACACAGCCACACAAUGCUACCACCACCGCCACUUAGUCACACUCUGCAACCAUCCUACAUGGCCACCACCACCAUGUGGCUACACCAAGUGACUACCUAACUAACCCACCCCACCCCAAACCGACCUUGUUGUUUUUAAAGGCCGACCAUGACCGCAGGCCAGCAACAAGCAGGUUUGAAUUCCAGAUGUGAACGAAAGCAAACUGGUCUUGAGGCCAGGCUAUGGAGACUUCAGCUAUGGGGAUGACAGCACUGACGAUAGUACAGCAGCUAAGAACAUGCGUCUCGAUUUGAGAAAGGUUAUAGCAACUUGAGAAACAAGAGGAUGGGGGAGGGAGGUCCAAGGUGGAGGAGCAGUGCGGGGGCAAGAAGUAAGAGAGAAACGUGAACCAACGUGGUUGAGCACGGCAGGGAUAAAACGGGUCCUUAGCAUGGGCAGAGGUGUAAUGGCUGCAUUUUCAUGGGAACAAUGACAGUGAAAUUUGUGAAUAAAAGAGAGAAAGGGGAGGGGAGGCCACUAAACAGCGUGAGAGUGAGCACAGGGUCGUCAAUCAUGCGAACCGCUUCACGUUGCUUGUGUGACGCCGAGUUGGGCGCUCCUGUUCAACAGGAACUCAACUACGCCUGUCAGCCACGCCACACCACCUCGCCAGCACAACGAGCCAAGCCCAAUCAACACUACUUAAAUCCACACCAUUCGAUCCAUCAGCCUUACUCACACCACCUCACCUGACCCAUACCACCUCACUUUGCCGACACUAGCCGAUUCUCACUGCUCCGAUCCCCCAAUGACAGCCACAAAACAGUGAUUCGUAAAAAAAUAAAUGAAAAUAAACGACCUCCCACUA